CUACCGACAAAAAAAGCGACGAAGAAGAAAUAAAACCACAUUACCGCGCGAGGUGAGAUCCGCGUCAUGCAACACGUUGUAGCGAUGAGUUGCAUCAAGAGGUCUGGUCAAUCAGCACUAUCUGCCCUUUGGUCGGUGGACCUAGAGUUAACUCACUUGAACUGGAACCCUGAAGCAACCCUGAUACACUUCCAGGGACAGUACCUUACCAUAUGUGAUCUUGACUACAACAUCUUGCAAUGGGAAAUACAGAACAUACCAAAGAGUCAAGCUGCAGUGGAUAUCGGAGAGUUUUGCCUCGUGGAAGAUUUGACUUCCGGCAGCUGGUACAGAGGAAGAGUUCAGAACCGAGAGGAAGACAUAUUUGAUGUUUUCCUCAUAGAUCAUGAAGCCGAUAGACUGUGGAAAGUUGAAAUAGUCAAGAAUCGACUGUUCCUCCGUCAUAUCACAACCUCACUGCAGCAGAAUAAAGAGAUGGUGUCUUCUUCACCAGCUGACACUAAGGAAGAAGGACAAUCCAACUUGGAUUCAAGCCCGCCUCAGCAGCUUGUCUUUCCUUCUAUUGAUUUAUAUAAAGAGUAUUCAGGCUUUGCUACUGCAGUGACGACUCCCAUGGAGUUUUGCGUUGUUCUGGAAGACCUGCUUCUCGUCAUGAACCAAGUUUCCAUCAUUUUGGAAGACCUCCCUGAGCAGAUGUCUCCUCUUCCUGAAGCCCAUAUCGUCCCUGGGACCUGCUGCCUGUAUAAAUCCGACACCAAGAAUAAGUGGUGCAGGGCUGAAAUCGUAAACAUUGACACCACAGCGGUCCUGGAUCUUGUGGAUUACGGCCAUUACGAAUGCAUCCCGUACGAAGAAUGCUCCCAGCUGAAGAGGCUUCCUGAGGACUUAACAAACCCCCCAAAAGUAACCUUCCCCUGCGUCCUGAGAGGGGUGAAGCCAGUCGGCGAGGAUAGCAGCCAGUGGAGUGAUGAAGCUGCGUUCUUCUUCCAUCAGUGUUUUUACCAGAAGAACCUCCUGAUCUCCUUCAGAGAGCUUGUGUCGAACACGCACUGGAAGGUGGACAUUCUGGCAGAUGGCGUCAAUGUUGCCAAGGAGCUGGUGGAUGCUGGAUAUGCCGACUAUACUGACAUCAUACUAGGAGAGACGUAUUCCCAUAAAGCCGCUCCUCGUUGCCCCAAGAGUGAGGUAGAUGUUGGUCCGGAAGAUGAAGGCUCGGACGGAAAGUCAGAUCUCUUGGUCGAGUCUACUGAUGAAGCAGAGCGGGAGAUGCCACUGAGUCUUGUGUGUCGAUCACAGAAAUGUUUUAGGUUCUGAGGGCAGCCACUCCUCAGCGAUUCCCCAUCACUCUGUUGUGUUUGUAAUGAAAACUGAGUGUUUUAUGUCAAAACAGAUAAAGUA